GUAUCUCGCAGCAUCACCUUCUGCAUGCAUCUUACGCGACUUUAGAGCACACCGCAGAUCCAGUCUUUCGCGGUCCCCAAGCGAUUAUUGCGUUCGUGGGACUCGGACUAGGAGUGGGUUUCGUUCCCACCGCCCUACCCGCACCUCUCGCGGCACAGUAAAAGCUACUUGCAACAUGGCAGCUAGCUUGCCGGCGGUCCCAGCGUGGCUGGGCACGGCGUCGUUCGCGGUGCUGGGCGCCGCACUGGGGUACCUGGCCUACAAGCUUGUUCGCCUCGCGCUAGCGGACGCGGACCUGCAUCUCCUCGGCCUUGGCAAACACCGUGCUAACGCCUUCGAGGGGAAGGUUAUCUGGAUUACGGGCGCUUCGCAGGGCCUGGGCGCAGUGCUUGCCAAGUACUUUGCGGGCUUUGGCGCGAAGCUGAUCCUGAGCUCGCGCGAUGCGGCCAAGCUGCAGCGGGUCAAGGACUCGCUGGGGCUGGGCGCGGCAGCGAACGACCGGGUGACGAUCUUGCCCUUUGACCUGCUGGCUGACUACUCGGAGCUGGAGAAGGCGGCGGCGGCAGCGGACGCGGCGUUCGGCGGCAAGGGCAUUGACUACCUCAUUCAUAACGCGGGCGCCAGCCAGCACGCGCUGGCGAGCGAGACCAGCGCGCAGGUGACGGACGAGCUGAUGGCGCUGAACGCGGUGGGGCCCAUCAAGCUGACACGCGCCGUGCUGCCGCACAUGCUGCGUCGCGACCACGGCCGCAUCGUGGUGGUGGGCUCCAUGAGCAGCAAGCUGCCCAGCCCCGGCCAGGCCGUGUACGCCGCCGCCAAGAUGGCGCUGUACGGCUACUUCUCCACCCUGGCCACCGAGGUGUCCGACACCGGCGUGGGCGUGACCAUGUGCUGCCCCGGCCCCGUGGCGACCGGGUCGGAGGAGACGCCGCGUGUGGUGUAUGGCGCCAACGGCCGCAUCGUGCAGAACAACACCGGCGCCUCCAACCGCCUGGACCCGGCGCGCGCCGCGCAGCUGAUCGCCAGUGCCGCCGCACACGGCGUGGACGAGGCGUGGAUCGCCAAGCAUCCCGUGCUGGCCGUCGGCUAUAUCUGGCAGCUACUGCCGGCGCUGGGCUGGCGGCUGCUCAAGAAGGUGGGACCCAAGCGUGCCCGCGCCAUAAAGGAGGGGCGCAACGGCUACGACGUGAGCAAGCUCAUCAAGUGAGGCAGCAGAGCCGCAGUGGCGCCUGUGCUCGCGUUAGCUUAACGGAAUGACAGUGCGUGGUCCUAAAUUGUGCGGAAUGACAGUGCGUGGUCCUAAAUUGUGCGGUAACAAAUUGACAUGCUCUCAUGAGUUGUUGAAGCAUGCAUGUUGCGGAAGCCGCCUGGCCGCUGUAUUGAGUAGAUGGCCUCCAGCAAUUUGGCCAGCAAUGCUUGUUGCCGGCAAGCCUGUAUGACCUACGCAGCUUCUCACUGCUGCUGUGCUGCAUGCUGCUGACUGAGUUGGUGAGGAGUCGCAUUUGUCCUGAUUGAAAGACGUUGCUGUACGCUUGGUAGGUGCAAGUAGCGGCAUUUCCUGCUGUUUCUCUCCCGGCGCGGGACUUGAUGGCCUUACAUGUACAGUCCCGUCGGCGUCUCAUGUAUACGGCAGCCAAUCAGCCAUGACCGGCAGGCUGGGUCGCCACUGGCCAGGCGCAGGCCUCACAUCCAUACGGCAUUUUGGACCGGUCCGGUAUAUAUUUUGUACCGGUGUGUAUAACCCAACAGCAAUGUAACAGCAGCAUCCGGCCACGCAUGCGUUCUCGCACACGGUGCAACCGCGCCAUGCAUUAGCCCCUCACACAGCAGCUGUCAAGGCUUGAAGACCGCCCCUCUGUAAUAUGCAGAACUG